CUGAUAUUGAUCUGCAUUCUGGAACUCACAAGAGGUAGGAGAACUUGGUGUCUGUUAUUAUCUCUUUAUAAAGAUUGUUCCGGCGAUGUCCAGGAUCAGUAAGUACGCGAUAAAAGGAAUGGUGGUUAUGGGAGUCUGGCAACAUGGGCAGCCUUGGAAGCGAAACGAAGCGAAUGUAUCCUGGCCAUAAAUAAUUACUUCAAAGUAGUGUUUCAAAAUAAGUUUUAACAUACUUUUCCAUCAUGGAUAUAAAUGACAUUAGUGAAGUUACUCCAGAAAAAAAUCAAUCACCAACGGGUGAAAAUGCAGGAGCAAUAAAAAACCAGGCAUGGCAGUGUGACAAGUCAUUGAUUGAAGGCAUGCAUUAUAUGUUUACAAACCAAAUUGCAUGCGAUGUUUCCAUCCUUGUUGGUCCUGACAAAUAUGAGAUCAAGGCCCAUAGGUUGGUUCUUAUAGCUAGAAGUCCAGUGUUCUUCAACAAACUUCGUCCCAGCUCGUCGGAGUUCCCGUGUAAAGUGAAUGUACCGAAUGUAGAAGUGGACACGUUCCUCAGAUUUCUUGGAUAUCUCUAUACUGAUGAAGUUGAGGUGAACCAGGAAAUAGCAAUGUCCUUGUUGCCGAUUGCGAGACGGUUUCGGAUCAAUCAUCUGGUUCAGCUCUGUUUGAAUCUGCUCCACGAGGAAGUUGAUUGUGAGAACGUCUGUUACUUGUUAGACCAAACCAUAUUAUCCCAUUCCAUAAACAUGCGUGACAGGGCCAUGGAAAUAAUCAACAAGUCUACCAGGGUUUGUUUAAAAUCGGAGGCUUUUCAAAAUAUUAGUUCAGAAGCACUUGGUUACAUAUUGAAGUCAGACAAGUUGACCAUCUCAGAACAAGAGUUGUAUGAAUGCUGCUUGGAAUGGGCCUCAACACAGUGCCAUAAGAAGAUGCUAAAAGUAACGGAUGGAAAUAUUAGGGAACAGUUAGGUGAGUGCAUGUAUGAAAUUCGCUUCACACUCAUGCAAGAAGAAUACUUUCGACACGAAAUAGUCAGCAGGAAAAUACUUUCCGACGAAGAAAAGGCUGAUAUUUUAGAAUGCUUCACAAGUGGAAGUCCGAAGAAUGUAGACUUCAAAUUCGAUCGAAAUUUACGAAAGACUACAGAGUAUCAUCGAAUUUUGCGAUUCGGGAAACUCGACAAGAAACUGAAAGAACACACCGGUAGGCCCGACGCAAUUAUGUUCGAAACCUCAAAGCCCCUCUGGUUUCACGGAGUAAUUGUGUAUGGUUCUUAUAUCGAGCAAACCAUCAAUGUCCAUCUCGAGAUCUCCGAUACUAAUAAUAAGGUUAUCAGAGUCAUAGGGCAAGCUUUUGAGAGCAUGGAAUCCGAGGAUGUUCACGAUGUUCUUCUUCCAAUGCCAUUUGAAACAGUUGCCGGAGCACGUUACAACGUUGUGGUCACUGUUGUGGGAAAAUUUCGUCACAUGUAUCAAGGAGUAGAGGGGAAAGGGGUAGUGAAAUUCAAAAACGCCGAAAUUACUUUCUUUGAAUCCGGAAAUUCGUCGAAUGGAACCACAAUUACACAUGGGCAGAUUCCCGGAUUUUUACUGUCAUGACAUAACUGUAUGCUAUACCAACGGCUAAAAAUAUCUACAAGGUGUAUGUAUGUUUGAAACAGCUGCAACAACGUCAUUGCAAGGUGACAAAGUUUCAAUCUGAACAUGUACAUUUAUUUGACCUAUACUACUAAUGAAUUUUCUGUCAUGAAAAACAUUUUGCAAAAAACAUCUGUCUUAGAGGAAAUUAACACAGGAUCCAGUGAGGCACACUAGCAGAGUGUUUCCGAGUACAGCAUAUUUCAUUACCAAUUUCACUAAUUUUCCCACAUUUCCUGCAUUACACAGUUUUCAUUUCUAAUUCAUUUGGCAGUAACAUGUUAUAAGUGACUUUGAUGAAUCAUAUAUUUAGUCAAAAGCAAAAUGUUAAUUUUUCUCAUUGCUUAGAUGUAACAAUCAAUUUUAUUUUUUGGACAAAGUGUUUGGUGCAAUGUAAUCUUGGCAUUUAUUUAUAGGAAUUUGGUACUUUACAAUCUUGAAUAUUAGUUGUCUCAUGAUCGAAAGAUUAUAUAUAUUAAGAUUUAAUUCGAUAGAUAAAUCAACACGAAUUCCAAGCAGGUCUAUAGAAAUAAUUUUGCCUGAAAACAGAAAAUUAAACUGAAUUCUGAUAAAUUUAAUUUGUUCAUUGUUAAAUGAAAGGCGACGAUAACGAACAGUGAUCAAUCUCAUAACUCCUAUAAGCAAUAUAAAAUAGAUAGUUGGGCAAACACGGACCCCUGGACAUACCAGAGGUGGGAUCAGGUGCCUAGGAGGAGUAAGCAUCCCCUGUCGAUCGGUCACAUCCGCCGUAAUACAAUUCAAUAUAUGACUUAUCAUUUCAGGUUUGAAAAAAAGAAAUUCUAUAACACUUGAUUUUAUCCAUGAAAGUUGCUUUGAAUGUUUACUUAACUGCAUUUCCAUACAACAAGAUGUCAUACAAUAUCUGAAGUACCAGUACAUACCAUAUACUUACUGUGAAAAAAAAAACUACAGGUAUCAGUUUUAUUUUUAAAAAAUUAAAAUUAGCACGUCUGUGAAAUAUUGGUCAGCCUAUUAAUUACGAUGAAAAAUGCAACUUGCAUUGAAUGAAUUCAAUCAUGCAUUGACAACAUUGACUGGUCAAAGUUGCAGAAAGUUAACUUGUUACUUGUACAUUAUAAAGUUAGUCAUGAAUGAAUGAUAACAGAUAAAGUGAAACUGGAUAUCUGGUAUAUUGCAACAAUGUUCAGACUUUUGUAUUUUACAUGAAUUAUUCUUACUUGCUUAACAUGAUAAGUUAGUUUAGAAUACAACUGUAGUUCUCUCUACAUUUAAUGCGAUACUAGGCCGCCAUAUUUGACCAUAUUAUAGAUAUUGUAUAGCCUUGGUAGUAUGAGAUGGAGUUCGCCUGCAUGGAUAUUGGUAGUUAUUAUCUAUGGAGGUGACAACGUAACACUACAUUAGUAUUUCUUCUACUUGUAGACAAUUGCACUUACUGUGAAAGUUAAAGAAUCAGUGAUUAUUGUAAAUAAUAACUUUUAUGUGACGUGCGAGGUAUUUGUCUCUCACUUUACCCUGACCUGUUGUUAUGACUGGGUGGAGUAAUGGCUGUUUUUGAUCUAAUUUUACCCUUCUCCUUACUUGCUGUAUUUCAUCCAAUCAAAUGUAGCAUAUUCGUCACGUGGUCAUUGUUUGUUUACUAUGUACCAGGAGCCACGCUAGUUCAGAGCAGCAAUUUUGAUCUUAAUUUUUACUUGGUUUUAAUGACCCCCUGUACUGUAUAUACUUUUCGUCAUUUACUAAAUAAAUGACAUUUUCUAUUCUCAAA